CAUAAGGAUGUCAGGCUCUGCUGAUGAAGAGGAACUGCCAGCAACACAUACAGGUCCUAAAGGAGUGAUCCACGACUGGAGGAAGUUUAAGCUGGAAAGUGAGGACCAUGAGAGCAUGCCCCAGAAAAGGAGAGAGCUGCUCAGACAGAUGUCCAACCCAAGGUCCAACAAUGAGGAUGACCCUGAGAGAGUCAAUCGCAAGAUGAGCGUCCAGGAGUAUGAGAUGAUCAAAGAGGAGGACGAGCAAAGUCUGAAGAAAUACCGCAAGCAGUGCAUGCAGGAGAUGCACGAGCGCUUGAGCUUCGGGCCCAAGUUCGACAGCGUUUUCGAGCUGGAGAGUGGAGAGGCCUUUCUGGAGGCCAUCGAGAUGGAGCACCGCCUGACAUUGGUCAUUGUCCACAUCUAUGACGACGACAUCAACGGCUGCGAGGCUCUCAACAACUGCCUGACCUGCCUGGCUGCUGAAUACUGCAGCGUGAAGUUCUGUCGGAUCCGGGCGUCCGUCACGGGGGCCAAGGAGCGCUUCUCUGAAGACGUUUUGCCCACUCUGCUGGUGUACAAGGGUGGGGAGAUGCUGGGCAACUUCGUCUGCAUCACCAAGCACUUCAACGAGGAGUUCUUCGCCACAGACGUGGAGAACUUCCUCAACGAUUACGGGCUGCUCCCGGAGAAGGAGUUCGCGGCCUGCCCUGAUGAUGAAGAAGAGCAUGGGGUGGAAUGAUCUGGAGAAAGAUCAUGCUGGUGGAGGAGAAGCCAUGGCAAACCUUUGGACAGAUGGGUUAUGAUCUCAACAUGCAUAGAGGCUCAUUAACUCACAAGCUUUACUGAGACACACAUACAGUUG